AUGUCGAACGCCUAUUACGUGGAGCAGUGGUUCCAGGUCAGACGCGAUCUCGAGCAGCUCAUGCAGCUGGACGAGCGAGCUCAGAAAGCCGAGCCGAUCCUCGAGCGCAAGCUCGCCAUGGACAAGGUGGCCGAGCUCUACUAUCGCUAUCGCAAGCUCGUGCAGCGUCAGCAGGUGUGCCACGACGAGAUACACCAGCCGCAGUUGCGCCAAUUCGUCGGGGAACUGAUGGAUCGCGCGAUUCUGAGGAUGCUGGAACUGAGGCAGGAGAUGCAGGAUCUGAGCUAUCUCGACUGUCCCUGGCCCGUCGAGACGCUGAGAAGGUUGAAGAUGUGCCCGGCCGACGUGGAGCUGAGCGGGCCCCUGUACGAUUGGCACGAGCGCAGAGCCGAGAUCGAGCGACGCAGAAAAUUGAUCGAGAGCACGGAGACGAAGAAGAAGAAGAAGAAACAGGGAGCCGAGCAGAAGCGGCUGCAAUUAGAGCGACUGCUGGGCAUGACGCUGGCGGAUCGGGGCGAGGAGCCGCGCCCGAGAAGCUGCAUCGAGUCGUGGCGCGACUUCGAGGCGGCCCUGGCCGAGAGACACGCCAAGGCGGGGGAGGCCAUGAGGCGACUCGUGGAGAAGGAAACGGAGAGGAUGUACGAGGUGCGAGGGCCGGAAUUGGUCGAGGACAUCCAGGAGGAGAUACGUGUCUGGAUGUGGGACUGGUACAAGGAAUUGGAGCUGUUCGACUCGAUACCCGACGAGAAGUACGGCGGUACCGUGAGAUUGGCCACGGGCGAGGCCAGAACACCGGCCGACAUGAAGGCCACCCCGGACAAGGCGCCACCGCCGGACGAGGGCUCGGAUCAGCAGGGCCAAGCCGAGCCCGAGGGCUGGACGAUGCGAGAGUCGAAGAUCUAUCCGCUGCUGCAGCAGACGCAGCGCGACUACUACGACAGGUGGGAGGCCAAGAGCCAAGAAUUGCUGGAUCCCGGGGCCAAGUUGCUGCUGGAUUACUUGAGGGAGGAUAUCGGCCAGAAGCUGCAGCUGGACAUGCGCAAGAUCGCGGAUGAAAGAAUGAGGCCGGAGCUGGCUCAACUGAAGGACGCCCUGAUGACCGACAAAGCCGAGCAGGGCGGCGAGAUCGCGUUCCCGCCGCCCCAGGAGUUUCCGAUCCAGCCGCCGCCACCGAACAAUCCGAACGUGCCGCUGGCCGAGGUGCCGAGCGACGAGCUCUACGUCGAGCUGGUCCGCGCCAAGGUGCUCUCCCACGAGGCACCCACCGGCGCCCGACUGCGCGACUGGCCCGGCCAAGCCAGUCUGGCCCACGACGCCCUCGACUCGGGCCGUGUACGCCUCGGCGACGUCGUUCAGCCCAUCGUCGACUACUGCGUGCUCCCUAUCGCCUCGCGCCUCGUAGGACAACUCGCGCCGCAGCCCUGCCGCGCCGUGUGCAUCUGCGGCGGGCCCGAUUGCGGCCAGACCUUCCUCGCUCACGCGGUGUGCAACGAGUUGCGGGCCACGGUGUUCGAUCUGUCGCCCGAGCGGCACAGGUCGCGCUUCAAGUCGCGCAAGAGCCAGCAGCGACUGACCGAGGCGGUGACGAGGUUGGCCCGGGAGUGCGCCCCGUCGGUGAUACUGGUCGAGACGGAGAUGGCAUGGUUGAAGAAGAUACCGGCGGAGCUGAGGCGAUUUCAGCCCAAGAGAUUCGCGCCGAUCUAUAAGAAGCUGGUGUCGAGCAUAAGGGCGGGCGAUCAGGUUUUAUUUCUCACGACGUCGUUCGAGCCAAACAAGGCGAGCCGUCAGUUCGUCAAGCUGCACGACAAGUUCAUCUGGAUACCGCUGGCGGAUUACGGUAGUCUCUAUCUCGAGUGCAAGCGGCUGCUGAUGCGACAUCCGCGGGUCGAUCGUCACGAGCGUCUCGCGGGACCGGUGCGUGUGGCCGCCGAUCGACUGGGACUCGCCGCCGCUCAGCGCACCUGCCAGCGGCUCACGGGACUGCGCAGGAGCAUGGAGAUGAGGAAGAGACCUUUUGGACCGGGGGAGCUGCUCGAGGAGAUGCUCGCGGAGAGACCUCGACUGGGCCAGAAGGAGCUGGACAAGCUGAACAAGUGGAAAGCGGACUGGCCGCAGGAGAAGAAGAGGAAGCAGGUGGAGAAGGACGAGCUGGCCGAGGAGCAGGCAAAGAAGGAGGCGGCCGAGAAGCAGCAGAACAAGAAGAAGAAGUGA